CCCAUGGCCUGGCUGCCUUUGCCUGUCUGAGUCUUUUGAAAUUCCUGCAUGUUCGCCCCAGAUUAAGCCGAGCGUGUCUCAGGAUGUGUGUUCCGUUUUGUUCUUUCCCCUUAACGCUCCUUGUGCAACGUGUCUGGGGGGAGGAGGCUAGGCCGAGGAGGGGAGGGAGGGGCAGAGGCGAGGAGCUGUCCCCCGUGCACGUUUCCAAUCACAUUACGUGAACAAAUAGCGGAGGGGUGGCCGGGCCAGAACGGCUUGUGUAACUUUGCAAAUGUGCCAGAAAGUUUAAAAUCUCUCCUCCUUCCUUCGCUCCAGACACUGCGCGCUCGCCGGGGCCGCCGCGCGCUCUCUGUCGCUUUCCAGAAGGACUAGGAAAGAGGAGAGAGACGGUGCCACGUCCCAGCGGCUGUCUUUACUGGAGAAGGGUUUGCAGCCCACCUUUGGCACUGCUUGGUGGGGACUAAGAUAUUCACGCUCCGUCUGCCUCCUUGGUUGAAGACUCCUCUCACGUGAUUUGAGCCCCGUUUUACUUUCCCCUGAGCUACGUCCUUCUGCAGCGGGGACAGUCCGGCAAAGGGAGCGAUGCGCUUCGCCUGGACCGCGCUCCUGCUCGGGCCACUGCAGCUCUGCACGCUUCUGCGCUGCGCCCCACCGGCCGCCGGCCAGCAGCAGCCCCCUCGGGAGCCGCCGGCGGCCCCGGACGCCUGGAGCCAGAGGAUCCAAUGGGAGAACAACGGGCAGGUGUUCAGCCUGCUGAGCCAGGGCUCGCAGUACCAGCCGCAGCGUAGACGGGACCCGGGCGCCACUGCCCCGGGCGCCGCCCACGCUGCUGCCCCCCAGCCGCGCACGCCGAUCUUGCUGCUCCGCAACAACCGCACGGCACCGACUCGGGCGCGGACCGCGGGCUCUUCUGGAGCCGCCACCGGCCGCCCCAGGCCCGCCGCCCGUCACUGGUUCCAGCCUGGUUACUUGUCGUCGGGGGCCCGCGACUCUGGUGCCUCGCGUACGAAUAACCGGACGGAGCAGGCGGAGCGCCCGGCGCUAGGCAACCUGAGGCCGCCCAGCCGCGUGGACGGCAUGGUGGGCGACGACCCAUACAACCCUUACAAGUACUCCGACGACAACCCCUAUUAUAACUACUAUGAUACGUACGAAAGGCCUCGGCCUGGGAGCAGGUACCGGCCCGGAUACGGCACCGGCUACUUCCAGUACGGUCUCCCGGACCUGGUGCCCGACCCAUACUACAUCCAGGCGUCCACGUACGUGCAAAAGAUCGCCAUGUACAACCUGAGAUGCGCUGCGGAGGAAAACUGCUUGGCCAGCUCGGCAUACAGGGCAGAUGUCAGAGAUUAUGAUCAGAGGGUGCUACUAAGAUUUCCCCAAAGAGUGAAAAACCAAGGCACAUCGGAUUUCUUACCAAGUCGACCAAGAUAUUCCUGGGAAUGGCACAGCUGUCACCAACAUUACCACAGCAUGGAUGAGUUCAGCCACUAUGACCUGCUUGAUGCCAGCACUCAGAGGAGAGUGGCUGAAGGCCACAAAGCAAGUUUCUGUCUUGAGGACACAUCCUGUGACUAUGGCUACCACAGGCGAUUUGCAUGUACUGCACACACACAGGGGUUGAGUCCUGGCUGUUAUGAUACAUAUAACGCAGACAUUGACUGCCAGUGGAUUGAUAUUACAGAUGUACAACCUGGAAACUACAUUCUAAAGGUCAGCGUGAACCCCAGCUACCUGGUGCCUGAGUCAGACUAUUCCAACAAUGUCGUGCGCUGCGACAUCCGCUACACAGGACAUCACGCGUAUGCCUCGGGCUGCACAAUUUCACCGUAUUAAAAAGCAAGCCAAGACUCCCAAUGGAUAAAUCAGUGCCUGGUGUUCUGAAGUGGGGAAAAAAAUAGAUUAACUUCAGUAGGAUUUAUGUAUUUUGCAAACGAAAACAGAAAACAACAAAGGAAUUUUUGUUUGUACUGUUUUAAACCAAAGCACAUAACUGGAUUUUGAACAUUUAAAUCGACAUUUGAAAAAGUUUUAAUAUUAUUAUUCACAUUACUUUGUGAAUUAACAUAAUGUUUCACUUCUGUAGGUGCACACUUGGCUCCUUCAAAGAAAUCCAAAUUUCUUAUGCUCCUUUUGAAAUUAUAGCACAAGAGGGGGAAAUAACAUUUCAAUGAAUGAGCCCAAAUUACUUUGAACUGGGAAUUUUCUAAAGCACUGAAACUUCAGUGACCCACAAGAAUAACUGACUUAUAUAUGUCCUGGCAUAGAUUAAUUUAGAAAUGCGGUUCCUACUGUUUAAAUAGAUAUGGACACAUUUGGUGCUGAGGAAGAAACAAACAUAUUACCAUUGGUGUCAGGAAAUAUUACUAUAUAGCAGAGAAAUGGCAAUAUAUGUAUUCAGAUAGUUACAACCCUAUAUAAAAUUUAUGUUUACAUUUUUAAACUCAUAGGUAAACUCCUUUCUUUCUGUCAAGUGUACAAUUUUAUUCUGACUUAGGUCAGUUUUUGUUUUGGGACGAAUUAAGUAACUGAGCUUCCCAACUCCUGUCUAACAUUUGUUGAUGCUCCCCUGUACUCUUUGACUUUUCUUAUUUUUCAGAGAUAUUUUAAGUGGCAUUCUUAAAAUUACCAUUUUGGGGACUGGUAUACAUAGGACAACUGUGUCAAGGGGAAGUUAUUCUGAUGAUAGAUGGGAUACAUCCAGAGAUAAUAUACAUUUAAGUAUACUGAAUAUUAGCCAAAAAACUUUCCUCACUGCCAUAAAAUAAAUAUCAUAUGAACAAGUCCCUCAAGCCACAACUGUCUCUCGAAUACUUUAAAAAAAAUUAAUGGAAAACAUAUUAGAAUUUUCAACUUUUCUACAUUUUUUUAAUGUUCCGCUUUAAAAAAGAGGAAUGGUAGAAAUUUUAAAUGAUCCAGAAUAGAUGCCAUAAUAUGUAUGGAUACAGGAACCUUAUCGUAGGUCAUCCAGGAAUCAGUCAUACAUGGUUUGUGUGUGUGUGUGUUUGUGUGUGUCUGAAAUAUAAUUCAAAUUCGCAAAGCACAUAGCAUUACAUACUUGAGGGGUUGGUGAAUAAGGGAGAAAAAAAAACUUUCUGCAAAAUCAAGGACUGUGCUGCAUAA